UGACUGUAACAGAGCUGCUUCUAGCAUUCUGUUCAGUAGCAGUAUCCCAGCAGAGACAAAACCACACAAAUAAGGACGGGAAAAGGAAGUCAACGGAGGUGUUUGGUAUUUCUCAAGUACCUCUGCAAUGCUGCUCCGCUCAGGCCGUGAAAAGCCCUAUGACAGACCUCCCCAUGGAAGGCAGCCUGUGAGGAAGCGAAUUCUGCUUGCAAAUAUGAGAACAGCGCCUAGAAAGCCAGUGUUUAGCCUGCGAGAAACAGUGAAAUGUUAUAUACUAACUGAAGAUUCAAAAACAGUGCAUUUUGACAUAGAUGAAGAUGGUCAUCAUGAAAUAUCUACCAAGGACUCACAAUCCCAUGAAGAUAUUGCAUGGUUAAGUGUGUUCACAAGGAAUGAAGCACCAGUUACUGAUGAGCCUCUUGUGGGAAUAAAAGAUUCGAAAAAUUUGGUGAUCCUCACACAGAGAUCAAAGCUUAAUGAAUUUGUUCUAUUGUGCAAUGGUAAGAAGCAUCUCUCUCUGAAGGUCUUAAAAGCAUCCUGUUCAGAGACAGAUUAUCCUUCAGUGGAAAGAUGCAAUGUGAAAACAUGCAACCAUGAAGAUCCUGACUUUAAACAGCUGAGUGAAGAUAAUAACUUUUUCAUCAUGCAUUACCAAGGAGAUUCAGUGCAGUUCCAAUGCUAUGAAGAUACAAGUUACUAUCUGUGUGUGAAUGACGACUCACUUGAUAUUUGCAAGCUGGAAAACAAAGAACCCAAUGAGGAAAAGAAUUUUUUCUUCAGGGUGUCAUACUUACAGGAAAAAUAACUCAACUAACUUUCAGUGGCCUAAGCACCCAUACAGCUCCUAAGAAGAAGAGGAAGGUUGAGAUCAACUAAUUUCUGUUUAGGCUAUAUUCUUGCAUUUUUAUAAUUUCUAGGUCACCAACAUCUUUUAUUUCUGUACUUUCAGUCGCAAUACAGGAAGGCUAAGUUUGAAAAGCAUACUAACUGAUCAGUUUCUGUGUCUUACCUACAUGUUUUUAAAGAAACAUAAUGUACAGGGGAUAUUUUAAAGAUGGCAACAAUAAGGAACAUAUAUGAAUAUGAUCAUAAAAUGUGGAGUUAGUUCUCCAUGUGGUAAGCGUUUUAUUUUUUWAAAAAAUGUCUAUUAUAAGCUCACCUUAACUUGACAAGAAAACAUUUAGAAUGCAUACACGCAUAUCCUAACUGACUGACUUUGAGAGGAGUGGAGAAGUUGUCUUGGGUCUAUGUGAGAAUGAGGGAAAAUGCUGACAAUUAGAAGAUAUCUGCACUUGUAGCUCCAAGUCAGCUCAUAUACUCCAUUAUGCAAUUUUAUCAUCUAUCUACCAUGGCAGCUCUCUAAGAAAAUGAACACAGAGCAUCAGAUGCACAACAUGCAGGCAGACGGAGGGAGGCACACUGAACUGACUGGUCAUAAGAGAUGCCUGUGGACAUUGCAGAAAAUUGCUCUGACACAUUGGCUUUCACUUCUGAAUCAUAGAGGAAACUGCAAAUUGCAAAGCAGAGUGCAGAACAAUUGCAAAGCAGAGUGCAGAACAACAUCAGAAAAUUCAUAAGGGUCAAAAUUACUGAACAAAAGAAACACUAGAUGCUUAUGUGGGUUACACUGGAGGAGCCAUAAGAGUACCUACCUUUGAUCAAAUGGUCUAUAUGAGAGUCAAAUGGAAGAUGCUGACACUUAAAUGUCUAUAGAACACACCCUGCAAAGCGUAACACCUUGGAAAUACAUGAGACAACUGAAAUGUUAUCAGGACCAUCACUAGGUAUUAAAGAUCUGGUUCUUUGCUGCUGUACAUGAAAUUCCACUGCGAUUCAGUGGCAAUUUUCUGUGAUGCAAGUCAUUUGAGACCAUGUGUAUAUAAAUGAUAAACAUGAUACACCUAUGCCAAGAGGCUGAUGCGUAGUUGCAGCAAAACAGCCUACAAGAUACUUGCAAGAAUUGUUCUGUGUAAACAUAAUAAAAAAUGCACACCUGAAAUAGGACCUUAACACCAGUCAGUCAGUCAGUCAGUCAGUCAGUCAGUCAGUCAGUCAGUCAGACCAAUGCACAUAGCCUGCUGUAGACUAAACUCCAGAGGUCUGUGAGACCUUAGAAGAUUUCAUGCCUUGCUUGGAUUCUUCAAAUGGUGAAAAUCGUUAUGUUGGUUAUAAUGCUCACUGAAGAGAGCUUUAUUAUUUUCUAAAUAAUAUUUACAACUGCUGGAAUUGUCAAGAGUUUAAUCAAGUUAGUGUGAAAAAGAAGAGCCUCAAAACUCUAGAUAUUAAUUUCAGCAUAUAUUAUCCUAGAAUCAAAUUAUUUAAGCAUUACCUAUGAUGUUGCACAAGAAAUAGAUUUGGUCAUGUGGUGAGUACAUUAAUUUCACUAUCUGAUACACUAACACUUCAUAGUAAUACAUUUAUUAUUGGUCCUGUAAUCACCUCACCAAAUAAUUGAACAUGCUAGAUGGCAAGUUGCUAAAAAGAUAAGAAGCCAUCAUAAAGCUUGUACAAGGCAUAUUAAUGAAAUCAGCAUUGUUGACACCACUACAAAAGUAACAUUUACAUCAGUGAAAUUUGAAUCUGUUUUAUAGUUUAAAUUAUGGUUAUAUGCAGAAUUUUGUACUUUUACUAUCUGUCACCUUAUUUUUUUAACUAUUCAAGUUAAAAAAGCCCUUAUGGAAAGGAGCAGUGGUAAUGUUGUAAAAUUUCAGAUUUUAUAUCUAAUAUAGUGGCAUUAUUUGGCUCCUCUGCUCACAAAACACAACAAAAUCAGACAUCUUUGUAACUUUAAAUGUACAUAGUAGAGCAAGUUAAAAAAAUCUCUAUCCUAAUCUUUGCUGUAGUCUUAUUUUGAACAUAAAAUCCCUUCAAACUAACAUUUUCCAAUUCCCACUAAUCUAAGUGUCUUGUGAGUGGCAGGGUUUUUUGUUAUGUGAGGUGGAAACCAUAUAGAAAUUUUAUUUUAAAAUAGAAAAUGAAAGCCAGUUAGUAUUUUAGAAAAAUAUAGUUUCUAACACUUAACAAUAAAAAAUCCAAUGUGUUUAACAUUUGAAUAUUAAAUGCAGUUAGUAUUUUUCUGUCAAAAGCAACAAUAUUCUUUAAUUUUUAUUUAGCAGAUGUGAUAAUUAUUAAAAUAAUGCAGAUGUUUUCCUCUUGUAUUUCUGCCCUUCUAAAGCUGUGCCUAAAAGAAAGUACUGCAUUUUUUUUUUCUGUAGACCAAUGUAAUGCAAGUAUUCUUCAUUUAUAACUUCUAAUAUUUUGACUGUUUUUUUUUACUUUUUGCAAUAAAACCUGUUAGAAGAACUACAGUGGCUGUAAAGCAGGUGAUCCUUCUCUGUGCUACACACCACCUUCAUUAAAAGGGAGACAAAAGAAC